AGAUGGACACAGAACGGAAGGCAUAUCGGCAGUUACGAUUUUUCAUUGCGAUAUGUAGCAUUUCUGGGACUGCUCCACUUAAUUUUGGACACAGAAAUACGAAGUUCAGAGUAUCAACUAUUGGAAAAGUCUACAGCAUUUUCUUAGCUGUGUUGUUUGUCGUUUCUGAAGGCUAUGGGAUAUCUGUAAGACUUCCGAAGUUACAUAACAACGUGAAUAACCUAACUGGGUAUGUGUAUGUAUGCAAUUUAAUCCUUACAAUUGUUACAGUUAUGAUCUUAAUUUUACGAAGCACAGCUCUGAAGCAAACAGAUGUCAACGUCAUGUGUAGAAAGCUAUUCUCAGUUGAUGAGUUACUGUAUGGAAAUAUUUUGGAAGAAUACUCUAAGACUGCCACUUUCAUGCGCCUUGCAGUAAUUGGAGUCACCAUUUACGUAACUUGUUUGUUAGGUCUUACUGUAUGGCAGUUCCAUUAUCAAAUAGCUGCACUACUGCCAGUAUGUCUGUACUAUUUUCCACGCAAUUUCGUUACGCUACAAUUCUGCACUUUUAACCUGAUUCUGUACAGAAGAUUUCAACAAGUCAACAAAUACCUGCUGGUGUUGUUCAACAUUCACUCAGAGGAACAACUUGACUGCGCUGUAUCGUCCUCAUUAAAUAUUUCUACAAGAGCUAUUGGACUUGAUUAUGAACUACGUCCACUUUAUUUUCGUCAGUUACCACAAAGGCACAGAUUCUACAUGACGAUAAAACGUAGUAAAAAGCUCAUUACCCAAAAAGGCCUAAAACUUUAUAAGCCUGUUCCAUUGCAACAUUUGCCAAAGGUGCACUGCUUUCUUAGCGAUCUGGCUAGAACAGUAAACACAGCGUACAGUUUACAGAACCUUGUGGAAGUAACGUGUACCUUUAUACAAAUUGUGAUGGACUGUUACAUAAUGAUUGCACACAUACUACGUAUUGGAUCUCCUUUGGUUAACGAAUCGAAAGCACUUAUGUUGGUGUCACUGCCAUGGACAACGCUGUCUGUCUUACGGCUUUUCAGCAUAGCGUACAGCAGUGAAGUGGUCGUCCAGGAGGCAAGCCACACAGAAGAACUGGUCAGCAAGUUGGAACUGCUGUUAGCAUUGGCACACAGAGAGCUACGCAGUCUACGAAAGUUCGCCCACCAGCUGCGCCGUGGUUCACUCAGAUAUGACGCUGCAGGUCUAUUUGUAAUCGACCAGUCACUUCUGACGAGUUGUGUUGCGGCCAUAACGACGUACAUAGUGAUUCUCGUCCAGUUCGGCCUAUCCAAUGUCAGUAAUCAGGAAACAAAUGCUUGCAAUUGUUAAAUAUCCAGCGACACAUAAGUAAAGCCAGCUGUGCAUAUUUUUCGCAUGCACCAGUGGUGAACAUAUGCACAAAAUAUGAACAUAGUUUUCAAAUUACAUACAAGGGCUGUAAGAGUAAUAAUAAAAAAUAGUGGGCGAGCUCAGGGUAAUGAUGUGUUCAGAACACUGGGAUCUGAACUACUCCAUACGAAUACUUUUACCAGUCAACAGCGAAUAUUCAAAAUUACAUUAAUAAUUACUUCACAAAUGGCACUGUCCAUGACUAUUGAACAAGAUCUAGACUGAACUUACAUUUACCACAGAAGAUUAAAAUCUAACUCGCAACAGCAUUUUCUAUCAAUAAAUAACAUUGUGCAAUAAACUGUAUGAUGGUAAUAAAGACAUUAUUAGAACGAUCUUAUUUAAAACGAGCAGUUAAAACUACCUGUUAAGCAAUACAUUCUAUGGUCAGUGUUACCUAAAUAAGACAGAGUAUACGUUUGGUAAAAGCUGUAACAAAGUAAUAAAAAUGGAAAUAAAACAUGUUUUC